AUUCCUGUGGACAUCAUCGAGAUUGACUUCUCCAUCUGGUCGUCGGUUAUUGCUGGCGUUAAUGAUGUCGUUCAGAGCAAAUCGAUUUUCGAUAUUGUUAUAUUUAAUGCCGGUACAAUGUUUCCCGAUGAAUCAUCGACAGUGGACGGAGUUGAGACAUGCUUCCAGGACCUUUCCAUCAACUUAGUACCAACAGACACCGAGAACACCUCGGUUUUUGCCCAUUGGGAAAACGGCAACGUGACGAUGUUCCUCAGUUUUCGUAACAAAGCUACAUAG